AUGAAAUUUCCCCAGACUGCCUACUUCGUGCUCUGGACAUUAGACUGUGAUGAUCCAACAUUUCUUAGUGAUAACCCGCUGUACAAGGCCAGAGUGACUUUCCAGUUGUUAGGUCAUCAAAUUACCAUACAAAGCGUGACAGAGCACGAUUCAGGAAUGUACUGCUGCCAUGUGGAGAAGGCUGACGGUAAAAGACAAGCUGGAAGUGGAACAUGGUUGGAAGUGACAAAGAAGUUAGAAGAUUUAACACCUGGCAAACCUUGGCAUGUGCCUUGCAUUAAAAUCAUGGCAGAGCAGAGACCAAUUGGCUCUCCCACUAAUGUUCUCAGCAGAAGGUUAUUGAAUAUAGCCAUACAAGUGAACUCAAGUCAUACAACUGUGAAAUAUUUCAUUAUUAAAGGUGUAUCAGAUGUACCUGAGAUGCAGGUUCUGAUCUUCUUAUUGGUGUUUGUCGUUUAUCUCAUCACUGUUGGUGGCAACUUGACCAUACUCCUAUUAAUCUGCCUGGACCAUCAUCUCCACACUCCCAUGUACUUCUUUCUGGGCAACUUAUCAGUGGUAGAUAUAUCCUGCUCUACCAUCACUCUACAUAGAAUUCUUCUAAGUUUCCUAACAGGGGAUAACACCAUCUCCAUUACCGAGUGCAUGGUACAGACAUAUAUGUUUGGUUCCUUUGCAGGUCAUGAGUUAUUUAUAUUAACAGUCAUGAGCUACGACCGCUAUGUAGCAGUCUGUAACCCUUUGAGCUAUCACAUGGUCAUGAACCGCAGGACGUGUGGUCUUUUGGCUUCUUUUUGCUGGCUGUUGGGUUUUGCACAAACAAUUUCGCUUGUUUUGAUUCUCUCUAGUUACUCAUGUUACACUUCCAAUGAAAUUGACCACUUCUUCUGUGACAUCAUCCCUAUGAUGAAAAUGACAUGUAGUGAUACCUCUGUUUUGGAAAGGUUGUUCUUCUUCCAAGGACUCUUCCUUCUAACUGUUGCUCCAUUUGUUCUCACCUUCAUGCCUUAUGUCUUCAUCAUUUUCGCCAUAGUGAAGAUUCAUACUAACUUUGGCCGACGUAAAGCCUUCUACACAUGUUCCUCACAUCUGACAGUGGUCGUGUUGCUGUACUCUACACUAGCAAGUCAAUAUCUUGCCCCAAACUCUAUUACCAGUUUGAGCUCCAAGAAACUUUUUGCUUUGUUCAACACUGCAGUUGUUCCUAUGCUCAAUCCACUGAUCUACAGCUUAAAAAACAAAGAUGUCAAAGAGGCUAUGAAAAGAAAGUUCUUUUGCUGCAAUCUCACCAGCUAA